GUGUUUGACUUGCGGGAGGCCUAAUCUUUUUCCUGCCAAUCAGAAUCCUGAUUAGUUUUCUUUGGGUAGUGAUUAUAAGUAAUGGAGGAUGUCAAGGAGCACCAAAAUCAAUUCCAUGCUGAAGAUGAUGAGAAUGAAAUAGUCUCUGAAAGCACUGCAUUUGUGCAUGGGGAACCACUUCAAGAUGCUGCUGGACCUCCAAAAGUUGAUUCCGAGAUGGAAAUUAUUCAUGAAAAAGUAAGAAAGCAAAUCAUUAAGGAGGGCCAUGGCCACAAGCCUUCAAAGUAUUCUACAUGCUUCUUGCACUACAAGGCCUGGGCUAAAAGCACCAAUCAUAAAUUUGAUGACACAUGGCAUGAACAACAACCACUUGAAUUAGUCUUAGGCAAAGAGAAAAAGGAAAUGACUGGUUUAGCUAUGGGUGUGUCAAGCAUGAAAUCAGGUGAACGUGCAUUGUUACGCGUGGGCUGGGAAUUAGGUUAUGGGAAAGAAGGAAACUUUUCUUUCCCAAAUGUUCCUCCUAUGGCAGACAUAAUAUAUGAGGUUGAGCUUAUUGGGUUUGAUGAAACCAAAGAAGGAAAAGCUCGUGGUGACAUGACUGUAGAAGAAAGGAUUGGUGCUGCAGAUAGAAGAAAGAUGGACGGUAAUUCGUUAUUCAAGGAGGAUAAGCUAGAGGAGGCCAUGCAACAGUAUGAAAUGGCCAUAGCAUACAUGGGUGAUGACUUUAUGUUCCAAUUAUUUGGGAAGUAUCGAGACAUGGCUUUAGCUGUCAAAAAUCCAUGUCAUCUCAACAUGGCGGCAUGUUUGAUAAAGCUAAAGCGCUAUGAAGAAGCCAUUGGACACUGUUCCAUUGUAUUAUCAGAAGAUGAAAAUAAUGUGAAAGCAAUGUUCAGACGCGGGAAGGCCAGAGCAGAACUCGGGCAAACGGAUGCUGCAAGGGAAGACUUUCUAAAUGCUUGUAAGCAUGCACCUGAAGACAAAGCUAUUGCAAGAGAGCUGCGUAGGCUUGCUGAACAUGACAAGGCUGUAUACGAGAGGCAAAAGGAGAUUUAUAAAGGGAUUUUCGGACCAAGACCAGAACCUAAACCCAAGAGAAGUAAUUGGCUAAUCAGGUUGUGGCAAUGGCUUCUGUCACUACUCUAUUGGAUAUUCAGGCGUGAAAGAGUGAAAGCUGAUUAG